AGUCCAUUGAUUCACUCGCCCAGCCGUAUCCAUAGCGCCUUCGAAUAGAGCGGACCACAGCUGCCCAAAGCCACUUCGAUGGAGUUUGAUCCGAGGGAGGUGGACAUGUUUGUUCAGUUCUUCCACAAGUUCAGGCGUCCGACUGAGCUGGUGGCGUUCUACCAUGGCGAGGUAGCCUCCAUGGAGUUGAGGAAUGCCACCACUGUUUGCGUGGAUUACAAUGAUGUUAAAUGUCACAAUUUGGAAGCUGCAUCACUCCUCUCCUUCCAAGACUUGCAAAGUUCAGAACAGUUGGUUCUAGAGGCUUUCAACAUGUUUCUACGGGUAGAUAGUCCUGUCCAUGGAAAUGUAACCAGCAUUCAGUUUUACAACCACCCUGGCAGGCACGAGAGUCUGGACGAUUUCCUCAGUACGAACCCUCCUGUUGAAGCGUUUGAGCUGCCUGAUAGUAUCACUACAGCAGUUUGUACUCCGGCGGGGAGGAUGGUGUUGCAAGGUUUUAUUCACUGCCUUGUCGAAGGCCACGCAAAAGGAAAUAGCUGGGGAGGCUCAUUCGAGGCCUCUCACCUGGUUAUUGUCAAUCUUGACAACUGCCGUCAAGAGUGCCGCAUCUUGGAACAGCCAACAGCAACAGGACCUGUAAACCUUGCGACAAUGCAAGUGGACUUUAAGAAGCUCGCUCAGAUUCUUCUGCCCAAGUUCAGAGUCAUGCUAACACCCCGCACAGAUACCGAGCCAGCAUUCUUCAAGGACCUAGGCCGCGACAUGCGCAUGCUCAAUAUUCCAGCGACCUUACCUUCUUCAGUUCAUUACAACUCCAAAUUCACCAAGUUCAUAUGCCGUCACAUGGCUUUUUUGCCCUCUUUGAGCAGAUCCAAUAUGAUAGUCAAUCUUAUCAGGGUCUAUAAGGUACUUUCUAUUAACGAAAGGAAUAUAUUUACGGUUUCUGUAGACAGAGCGAAGCGAGGACUCAAUGACUGGAGAACCGACGCAAGGUUCUAUGAACUACUGAAGAAAGUGUAUGAUGGUAAAUUGGGUCGAGCACCUUAUGGUAAUAAUGGCAUGGACUUGCUCUUGUUCCAGCGUCACUUUGUAGUGCAUGCUGGUGAUCAUCUCAAGCUUUCAGACGGAAACCGUUCGAUCGAGACGCUUGAGGCGAUAGAUUACUAUUUGGCACAUCAUUAUGACCAAUUCCUGUCGAAGGUGGUACACCGCUUGAUCAUUGAUCUUGAUAUUGGAAAACUGUUGGAGAAGGUUUGGGAGAAUUUGCAUCCAGGUUAUCAAUGA